UCCGUGCGGGCGGGCGGCAGGCGGGGGCCGCCAGCACCUUCCGCAGGCAGAGCCGCAGCGCGGGGCGGGGAGGAGGCGCGGAGCCGCGGGAGCGCCAAUGCCCGGACCGACCCAAGCCCUGUCCCCAAAUGGCGAGAACAACAACGACAUCAUCCAGGACAACGGCACCAUCAUCCCCUUCAGGAAGCACACGGUGCGGGGGGAGCGCUCCUACAGCUGGGGAAUGGCGGUCAACGUGUACUCUACCUCUAUAACCCAAGAGACUAUGAGCAGACAUGACAUCAUCGCAUGGGUUAAUGAUAUACUAGCUUUAAACUACACAAAAGUCGAACAACUGUGUUCAGGAGCAGCUUACUGCCAGUUCAUGGACAUGUUGUUCCCAGGGUGCAUUAGCUUGAAGAAAGUAAAGUUCCAAGCAAAGCUGGAGCAUGAAUACAUUCACAAUUUCAAGCUUCUGCAAGCAUCGUUUAAAAGAAUGAAUGUGGAUAAGGUAAUUCCAGUGGAAAAACUGGUCAAAGGGCGCUUCCAAGACAACUUGGAUUUCAUUCAAUGGUUUAAGAAGUUCUUUGAUGCUAACUAUGAUGGAAAGGAAUAUGACCCUGUGGAAGCUCGACAAGGCCAAGAUGCUCUUCCCCCACCAGAUCCUGGUGAACAGAUCUUUAACCUGCCCAAAAAGUCUCAUCAUGCAAACUCUCCUACUGCAGGUGCUGCUAAAUCCAGUCCAGCUUCUAAACCAGGAUCAACACCUUCUCGCCCAUCUUCAGCAAAAAAAGCUGCACCAAGCAGCUCAGCAUCCAAAUCAGAUAAAGAUUUGGAAACUCAAGUCAUACAGCUCAGCGAACAGGUACAUUCAUUAAAACUUGCACUUGAAGGCGUGGAGAAGGAAAGAGAUUUCUACUUCGGCAAAUUAAGGGAGAUUGAACUUCUCUGCCAGGAACAUGGGGGAGAGAAUAAUGACCUUGUCCAUCGGCUAAUGGAAGUCCUUUAUGCUUCAGAAGAACACGUCAGCAGAGCAGUAGCAGCUAGGAUUUCCAUGAAUCCUCCCCCCAAAUGGAAGCUUGCUUUCACAAACAGACUUUGCAGCUUGGGGAAUAGACUCGGGAGGCCGGCUGCCUUUUGCUGCUUCAGCGAGAGCCACACAGAAGAGCAUGAAGGUGAAGAGCAAGUCCAUGAACAGCCCCAGCAGCAGGAGGAGUACUGACUCACCCAGCGUCUGACAAUUUUCAUUUUGUGUGAGAACUUUCUUCUGGAGAAUUGGAACAUGUGUGGCCUCAAACUUGAAAUCAGUUCACUCCCAGUCUGCCAUUAACAUUUAUGUACCAUAGUGAGUGCCAGCCAACCACUGCAUUCUGUACCCAUACUUUGCCAAGAUGCAUUUGCAGAAGUCUUCUUUCAGUGUAUCUUCCCAAGAGGUUGUAGGGCUACAUCACCUACUGUACAUCACUGCAACUUCACCACUUGGCUGCUUGAGAUUUGUUCUGCUCUUUUAAGAAAAUAUAUAUAUUUAUUUUUUUUUCUUUGUCUUAAGUAUGAUACACUUGUAACUUGUUCUAACAUAUUUAUAUUGGCAUUUUGUGUGGCAAGAAGUACCGUACCACUAGCUGUGUCUCUCACUUUGUGGUGCUUUGGCGUUUCCUAGUACAUCCGCCUUGGGGCGUAAAUUCGGUCAAUUGGAAUAAAGGGAUACAGUGGAAGUCGUGCUCAAGCCAUAAUGAUGAGGUGUGUUGUGGAGGAAAAUGCUCGUGUUGCUCACGUUUAUUCCUUUCCCGCCUUCACAAAGUGGAAGGCAUAGCAUCUGUUUCACUAGGAGAGAUUUAAAACCUUGUGUUAGAAAGCUUGUUAGAAAGCUGCAUGGUAUGUUUUUUGACUUAUUUCUGGAGGACAGACAUCCGCUUAAGUUUUUUUUGAAAACCCUCCCAGUUUCCUGACUAGUCAAUAGACAUUUCCCAGCUUUUCUUCCUUUCCUGAGGAAUCCUGUCCCAGCCUCCAGCUUCAGCUCUGCCUGCAGAGGGCUCAGCGCUGAUGCAGGAGAGGAAGCUCCUUGACACAAGUGUAGCUGCAGGACACGAUCCCUGCCGUCAUGCUUGGCUUCCCACCCCUCAGAAGAGGACAAAGUAGGCCAGACAUUUCUUCUUGCUAUCCUCCCCCCUCUGCUGCCCUGACCAUGCAAGUCUGGAAGAUGGAAAGCUUCCUCACUAGUGCAAGGCACGGGGGAAACCCAGCCACAGAACUAGCCCUGAAACCCCCCGAACUCCCUCUAAGUGGGUGGUGGACACCUCGCAGGUGUUGAGGCCGCUUCUGAAGCGUGGAGAGGCAGCGAGACGUCCUCCUGGAGACGGUGCAUGUAUCAGACCCGCUGACCGAGGGGGAGCGAGCCAGCUCUGCUUUGGCUGACCUUCCUGCAGCGAGGCUGGCGUGGUGCAGCAGCACAUCCACCCGGGAGGCGCCUGCAGUGGGUGCUCCUUUCCAGAACGGUCCCUGCUACCCUGUUCUAAAUGAUGGUAUUUUAUAAAGAGGUAUCUUGAAGUGUAUAAAGCAUUCCUUGUUUUUAUCGUGAAACUGUGCAUUCUAGUCUCUCUGAAUAUUUUAUGCUUGGUAUUCUUGGUCUCUCACUUGAUUUUUUUCUUAAUUCCGGAUUGUUCCUCUGAUUAAGCAGGUACAUGGAAGUCCCAACCCAGUCUGCAGUCACUGAAAAAUUCAAAAACCCGCUGAACAGCUACAAACAGCUAAACCUUCUUAGGUCUUCGUGCACUCCUAAAGCAUGAGCUCCCAGCUGAUGCGUCCAUAGAGAGGUUUUUAAUUAAUCAGCCCACCAACACGCACGCACACAUGCAGUUUUCUGUUCCUAAGGAAUCUUCUGCAGCUAAGUGGCUCUUAGUUAAAUGUGAGAACACUGCUGUUGUGCUGCACCGCAGGCAAUCUAUAAAAUACUGUUAAACAUUAGAACAGGUAUUUCUGUUUCCUUGAUUGCUCCCCGUGCCCAUAGGGUUUGUAGACCCUCGGGGUUGAAGAUCUUCUGGCCCUGCCUCCAGCAUUGACCUCACAGCCUACCUGAUAAUAGCAAAAGUACUGCAACCUGCAGGCCAGCACUUUCCUUUCUGAUGUUCGAUUGGUUACAAAUAAGAUCUGGUUUAUAAAAAUGUGUAUUUUCCAAACUAAGUAUUUCCAAGAAUCACCACAGAUGGGGGAAUUGUCAUUUUCAUUGUAUUUGUGUUUAUUAGAACCUAUGUACUUAUUACAAUUGUCAUUGUAAUAAACGGUAGUUCUUCAUAACGCUGUUGAA